CCCGACUUCACGUUUGGACGGACGAUGAGCGAGAACAACGUGAUUCAAUAACACAUCUAUGAUGGACAUGUAAAAAAAUGCAAUGUUCGUCUGAAGAUCUGCGUCUGACUGAGUCAUUGAUUUGCCCCCUUGGUUUACAUGUAGUUAGCCACAACCCACGGUAGUGCACCAGUCUGUCUUCUAAGAACGUACGAAGAUGCCGGCGCUUUUUGGUCGUUCCCCCGGUAGGACCGACGCCAGCGCCAUGGAUACCUCCGUCGACACCAAAGGCUCGGCAACCGUGAUCGGUCGCACGAGUGCAACGAAGCGGCCGGACGCUGCAACGGAGGCAAUCGGCACCAUUCCUGCGGACGCUCUAGUAGUUGAAAACCUAGAAGCGCAAACGCCUGCGUCUUCUGCUAACGAAAGCCAAACGCUCGACCGGCCCCAAUGGCGCAACCGCGGGGAUUUCCUCAUGGUGCUGAUGGGCUACGCGAUCGGCAUCGGCAACCUGUGGCGGUUCCCCUUUCUGUGCGGGAAGCACGGCGGCGGCGCUUUUGUGGUUGUGUACUUGGUCUGCUUGUGUCUCUGCGCGUUUCCGCUUUUCUUCCUGGAACUGGUGAUCGGGCAAAUCUAUCAGACGGGCCCGGUCCAGUGUUUCCGGGCGCUGAACAAGAGGUUUGAGGGUGUCGCCUACAUCGCCGCCUGGAUGAACGUGUGGAUAUUGGGAUACUACCAGAUGGUCAUCGCCUGGGCGUUGGUUUUCUUCUGCCGGAGCUUCGGAUGGUAGGAGCUGUUGGUGCCUUGAAAAUAGAAAUUCUGAUUCACAAUAAACUUGCAGCGUAGAAGAUAACUGAAGGAAGCAGCUUCUAUCUUGUUCUUCGAUUCAGCAUUGGCCGUUCUUUGCGGUGUCUCACCAUCAGAAGUGCGAGCUGCAAGGGCGGGGCGCGCACUCUUCAAAUUCAAAAUUCUGCACUGUGGAUAUGAAAAAUAAACGAACAUCUAAAUAUCAAUUUGUGAAUUACAAUGACAGGGCGUCCGAGGUUCCCUGGUCAGACGCAGACACGAAGGACUACUUUGAGGACGACGUGUUGCAGAAGGCGGACUCCUUUGACGCCUACAAGGCCUACAAUUGGCAGGCGCCGGCGCACUUGCUGUUCGCCGUGAUUGGCGUCUGGGUAAUCACGUAUCUGUGCCUCGUGAAGGGGAUCCACAGUGCGGGGAAGGUCGCGUACUUCACCGUCAUCAUGCCCUUCGUUUUGAUCACGAUUCUGCUGAUCAAGGCCGCGUCGCUCGAGGGUGCGGGCAACGGAAUCGCGUACUAUCUGAAACCGAAGCUCGAGUACAUCUUUCGUCUCGACACGUGGUCCGCAGCGUGCGGACAAAUUCUCUUCUCGCUGUCCCCCGCCACCGGCGCGGCGAUCGCCCUCGCGAGCUACAACCCGCCGAACUACUCGCACUUGCUGUCCGAUGCGUUGCUGAUCACCGUUAGUAACUCCGGGUUCUCCAUUUUCGCCGGCUUUGUCGUGUUUUCCGUGUGCGGCAACCUGGCGUUCGCCGAGAAUACGACCGUGGAAGCCGUGGCGCAGGAGGGCGCGGGCCUGACCUUCGUCGUGUUUCCACGGGCAUUAGCGCAGAUGCCCACGAUCUUUUCCUGGUUCUUUUUCUUCACUUUGGUGCUGCUCGGGCUGGACAGCAGUUUCGCAUGGGUGCAGACUUUGGUUACCUAUGCCAUGGACCAUUUUGCAACCGCGAGCGAAACGAGGAUAAAGAAGGCGCUGUCCUCCUUGCGGGAAGAGGGAGGGAUUUCUGCAAACAGCGCGUCAGUAGAACAAGCACCGAAUGUCGGCCUUGACUCGACUUCGAGAAAUGCGGGUAGCAAUCCGCAAAGUAUGUGGAAAAGCAUAGUCCAUCGCUUCGGAAGCAGUGCCCGGAACAACACAAAUCGCAGCAAUGCAGAUGCGCUCGACGAGGAAACACGAUCCACUUCUGCCAGUCACCUCCGCGAGCGCGUCACCGGCUUGAUUUGCCUCUUCUUGGGGCUCACAAGUUUGGUCUACGCGAGUCGAAAUGGCGUGUACAUGCUGGAAACGGUAGACCACUUUGCGCCAACGUACUGCUUGCUCUUCUCUGCUUUUCUAGAGUUCAUUCUCUUCGGCUACGUGGUGGGCGUAGAAAAGACGCACUGCCUCAUCGUAGAUGCGUGCUGCCGGAACGAAGCAAGUCAGCAGAACCGGUUAUCGAGUUUUAGCAAUGCAACGUCGCCAAACGCAGGUGGGACCGGUCCGGAGAAUGUAGUUCCAGCAGCCGAGCGAACUUUAGAAGCAGAACAACAGGGCUCCUUAUUUCCACCGAAGUUGGAGACGUUUCUUUUGAACAAUCGGAGAAUACUCGCCGUGUGCAUUCGUUAUGUCGGUCCGGUGUUGACUGGAGGCCUGCUACUCGCUCUUUUCAUCACGGAUGUGUUCCUGCGACCGCCGAAGUCUGGAUGGCUGGAACUGAUCGGGUGGAGCACGGCGAUGGGGCCAAUCGUCGGAUUCUUCCUGCACGCGUAUCGCGACGAGAUCAAGGUCUUGUACAGGGAGUUUUUGGCGAAGACGGACGAUAGUGAUACCGCUAGCAAGGAGGGUAAAAAGCGAUCAAGUAGCAUGCCGCCAGCGUCACCUGCACUGCAGACGACCGGAGAUUUAUUCGCAGGCAGCGGGAGGGUCUAAGGUCACAGGGACCACAGUAGUUGUAAAAAAAUGAACUUGGACAAUUUCUAUCGUUUGUGUUUCAAUACAUAAUGAGUCCACAACAGCAUGGUCGCGCUCUGCUGCAAAAAUGACAACGAAAGAUUUUGUAAUUUUAUUAUAUCUAAUUCUAAUUCUAAAUGAAUCUAUCAAUCAAUCUCUGUACCGCUGGAUUAGCUGCUUGGCUAAUCAAAAUCGAAGGGGGCACGAAAACACG